AUGGAGGUCAGCCCGAUAGAUAUAGGUCACACGAGUGAUGAGCAUGAAUUGAGGUCAAAUCUGCGUGAAAGCAGCAAUGAGCCUGUGCAUGCGGAAGAAAUAGAAGACAAUAAUGAAGAAAAGAAAAGUGAGCGUGAAGAACCAGGACAAGAGCAGGGCACCGACCAGGAAGAGGAAUAUGACCCCGAAAUCGAACACGAAAUCGAACACACUGAAGAUAAUCCUGAAAGUGAGCACGAAAAGGUAGAUACAUCUGAUGAUCCUCAUGAGCAAAACAGUAAUAAUCAGGAGAAAGAGGACGAUGACCACGAUGAUGAAUAUGAGCCAGAAGGAGACCAAGAUAGCUCUAAAACACCACCUGAGGCCGCAAAUGUAGGUGUAAAUGACUCUAAUGAUGAUGAUGAUGAUGAUGAUGAUGACGACGAGUAUGACCCAGAAAGUGCAUAUGAAGAGAUAUCAGUGACGAAAGCUACUGGGGCCUCGCCAUCGCUGCAGAACGAUCCUCUAAUUGAAAAACCUGACGAAGAAGAUGAAUAUGAUCCAGAAGUUCCUUUGAACGAUCCCGAACCCCACCAAAGAGAAGACUAUGGAUACGAACCUAAACCUAAGGCCAGUAAUAUCAUAAAAGGUAAGCUUCCGGCUGGAUUACCCCCUAAACCGCCUGUAAAUGCUGCGGAAAGAUCAACAGCGAAGAAGGAUCCGCAACAACAGUUGAAAGAAGCAUACGAUGCGAUAAUGCAAAGCGAAAUUGUAAAAGAUCCAAAUUUUGUAAAUUUACCUCAAACCGAACAAAUGAAAUUGAUAAUGGAGCAAUUAUCUCAGAGAAAUGUUAAUUUGUCUGGAACUGCUAUUGCCUCUAACCCAAGCAAUGUUAAUUAUGACCAAGUUUAUUCUUACAAUAAGCCGUUUAAGAAUUUGAAAAACCCAAUUCCUCUUGUACCGGUCAACGAAUUUUGUCGAAGACCAAAUAUAACAGCACCAAUGACUCCUGAAGAAGAAAAAGCGUACGAUGAUUUUAUUAAAAGAGAGGCAUACUAUAUGAAUUUGCAGAACUGGGAUGAAUUCCCAGAUAAACUGAGAUUAUUCAUUGGUAACCUUCCAGCAAACACUAUUUCAAAACAAGAUUUAUUUCGAAUUUUUAGUCAAUAUGGUGAUGUCAUUCAGAUUGCUAUAAAGGCAGGCUAUGGUUUUACUCAAUUCAGGACAGCAGAAGCAUGUUUAGAAUGUAUCAAAGGAGAGUCCAACGUUCCUUUACACAACAAGAUCAUGAGAUUAGAUGCUUCUAGGCCGCAAAAAUCUAGACGUCCAGGAAAGCCAGAAAUUAAUAACCCUAACUUAGCUUCAAGAGGAAGAGAUAGAUCUCCUGAUGAAUCGAGUGGUAAAAGAGGUAGAGAUGAACAGGCCCCCGGUAAUCGUUAUGGUUAUGGAGAGAACAAGAAGCAAAAAAGUGUUGUUCCUGAUUGUCAAGUCUAUAUAACAGGUAAAUCUUCAGUUUUCUUUAUUAGAAAAGUCAAAAAGGCAUUUUCAAGUAGUCAAGUCUCAAUUGAAGUGGAAGAUAUCACCCAUAGAGAUAUAAAUGAUGUUAUCAGUGAGGCUGCAUAUUCAGGCGUUUUAGGCACUUGUGUUAUUAAAGAAGCAAAAGUUGACGUUCAGACUUUUGAAAAUACUAGCGACGGUGGAAUUAAGUUUGACGAAUAUGCUGAUAUCGAUCCUGAAAUAGCAGCUGACAUUUUAAGUAAAGCAAAGUUCAAAAAAUACGGUAAUACUGCAAGCCCACAGCCUUACGUGUAUGGAAACCAAAACCAGAACCAGAACCAGAACCAAAACAAGAGUUAUGUUGCUGCAAUGAAUAAUGAUUUUUACGAUACUGGAUAUGGUGGUAACCGUAGAAGUGGUGGAAGAAAUGACCAGCACGACAAUCGUGGAAGAUCUGGCCGAAAUGAACGUGGGCGAGGAAAAGGUGGAAGAAGCAACAACAACAACAACAAUAACAACAAUUGGGAAAGUCACCAUGGUAACAAUAAUAUGUACAGCCAAAAUGUUCCAUAUGGUCAGCCUCCAGCUCCAAAUUACGGAUCUCCACAACCUGCUUAUAACCAACCACCUGCAGCUCAAGCUGAUCCAAAUAGUCAGGCUAACCUUAUCCAAACAUUACAAGGUAUGGAUCCAGCUUCAAUGCAAAACAUGAUAGCUUUAUUGCAGCAACAACAGCAACAACAACAACAGCAACAGCAGCAGCAGCAGCAGCAGCAUCAAAGGCGCCCACAGUCUAUCCAAUCUAUGGGCAUGGAACAACCAAUGACUCAAUCACCAUAUGGAUAUAAUCAACCACUUAACUAUGGUCAAGCUGCGCCCCACCCGCCUCCUCCUCAGAGUCAUACACAAGCUCCAAGUGGACAAGUUAAUUCUUUGUUAUCUCAAUUGCAAUCUUCGCUGUCUUCUGGAUAUAAUCCACAGCAACAAUCACAACCGGCUAAUUCUACACAGUCAUUAAUGGAAACAUUGGCUAGAUUAAGUCGAAAAUAA